AUGAUUAGUAUCAGAUCUCAGCUAUUCCAUCUGUUGAACGCAGUUGUGUUGUUGCAGUCAUUUGUCCUGACGACAGGUGCCAGUUUUUUUGCUUCCCAACCAACUUCCAGCUGCAACCUCGACAACCUCGAAGACUGCGGCAAUAAACCGCUGCCGGGAUAUGCAGUGCCGCUCAUUAUUGUGGGCAUCAUUCUUGUCUGGAUCCUCAUGUUCUGCUUUGUGCCCAUUGCAUGGAUUGUUCGAAGUACUGAUUUCUGCAGCUGCGUCCAUCGCUGCUUACGAGUCCAUCUGGCAGACUCAGUCGACGAGCAAUAUGCCAAGAGUGCUCAGACUCUGGUCGCGGAAUUCCAGGAAGACGCGAAGCAACAACAACCCACAAUUCCUUUGAGUGGUGUCGUCACUCUCGAGGGACAUCAACGAACAACCUUUCUACCGACUUGUACGGGAGGAAGGUCGGAUGAGAUGGAGUU